CUUCCUCCUGGCCCCGUGCUGCUCCCACUGUUAGGAAAUGUCUUGUCUCUCGACACCAAGGCGGCAUGGUUAACUUACACUGAGUGGGCUGCUGCUUAUGGAGACUUGUUUUUUGUACAACUUCUAGGCCAGGAAGUCGUGGUGAUCAAUUCUCAGCACGUUGCAGAAGCCUUGCUGGACAAGUGUUCUUGCAUUUACUCUGAUAGACCAUACAUAGCCACACUUGAGCUGUGCAUUCUUCUAACAUUCUUCCACUGA